AUUUUGUAUCGGUAAAGCAGAUUUCUUUUUUUCCGACCUUCUUUCACAAUUUUGUAUAUUUACAAAAAGCAAAAUGGCAAAACCAAAAGGAGAGAAAAAAGGUAAAUCUGCAAUAAACGAGGUAGUGACUCGUGAAUACACCGUAAACCUGCACAAGAGGUUACAUGGAAUCGGAUUUAAAAAGAGGGCUCCUAGAGCGAUCAAAGAAAUUCGUAAAUUUGCAGAGAAACAAAUGGGUACCCCUGAUGUUAGAAUCGAUACAAGAUUAAAUAAACAACUCUGGUCUAAAGGAAUCAGGAAUGUUCCUUUCCGUGUCAGAGUACGUCUGUCUCGCAGAAGAAACGAUGAUGAAGACUCUGUAAACAAAUUGUACACGCUCAUAACAUACGUACCAGUUGCCACAUUCAAAGGACUACAAACUGAAAAUGUAGACGCCAGUCAAGAGUAACUUGGUGAAUAAAUUAUUUUUUAAGUAAA